AUGAAAUCAAUCUUCACAGGAUUUCUGCUUGCAUCUGCACUUGCUUACACCAAUGCAAAUGCAAGCCCUGUCCAUCAACAGAAACCUCGAGUCCACAUUGAUCCUUUCAAUGAAGUGUUCAUCGAGGGUACAUCAUCCAACACCACCGAGUCAUUCUUGAACAUUCGAUUCGGUCAAGAUACCAGCGGCCCCAACCGCUUUGCGCCUCCCAAACCAUACAGCUAUCCCUCUGGCACGGUGGUAAAUGCCACUUCGACUGGCGCAGCCUGUCCUCAACAGAAGAGUCCUAUCCCCGACUUCCCAAUCUUCGACAAUGUCACCGAUGUCUCAGAAGACUGUCUCACUCUCCGAGUCGACCGACCAGUCAACACAAGAAGCUCAGACAAGCUCCCUGUGAUGGUCUGGAUCUACGGUGGCGGCGACACUAUCGGCCAGAUCUACGACUCAACAUACGAUCCAAGCAACCUGAUCGCAGGUGCUGUCGAGAAGGGAACCCCUGUGAUCUACGUCGCCAUGAACUACCGACUCGGAAUCUUCGGAUUUGCCGCAUCUCCAGCACUGAACGCAACCGACUCCUUGAACGCAGGUCUGCUGGACCAGCGACUCGCACUGGAAUGGAUCCAGGAGUACAUCGCAGCCUUCGGUGGUGAUCCCGAGAAUGUAACCAUCUUCGGUGAGAGUGACGGAGCCACAGGAGUUGGUCUCCAGAUCACAGCUUACGGCGCCCAGCACACGAAUCUGUUCAAGCGCGGAAUCAUGGAGUCCGGCAAUGCGAUUGCCGACUUAGGCAUUGCACGCGGAACAUCAGCAAAGCACACCGCUACGUUGACCAAGCUGCUUAACUGCACUGCUUCUACCAGCGAAGAAGAACUCUCCUGUCUCCGAAGCCUACCCUUAAAGACCCUCCUGGCCGAGGCCAUCGACUAUGAGUUCUCAGUUAACUCCGAUGGUGGCAUGGAUGUUUUCGUGCCUACAGCUCCAUCCAGCUUUAUCCCCGAUUCUCCACACAAACUACUUUCCUCUGGUCGCUUCGCCCGCAACAUCGAUAUCAUCAGUGGCUGGAACGAGAAUGACGGAUCCUUCUUCGUGACUACCGACCCAACCACAAUCAGAACCAACAACGACGUCGCGGAGGUCAUCUUAGGCGAAGCACCCGGCCUCUCGUCCGAGAACGUAGCCAAGGCUCUCGCUCUCUACCCCAUCUCGGACUUCCCGAGCGACUCAUCCCAGAACAUUACAGCUCAGUACUUCCGAGCCAGUCGCAUCCUCCGCGAUAUGGAAUUCACUUGUGGAAAUCUGUUCACCACAGAAAUGAAUCAGAAGUACUCCAAUCCGGAUACGAGCAGCUACCUCUACUCACUCAACCAGACAAUGUUCGAAGUUGUUCUGGAAUUGGAGAAUCUGAGCUAUUACCAAGUUUGUCACUUUAGUGAUAUUCCCUACGUGUUUAACCUGGCUACAACUUCGUGGGCCGACAUCGCCACUGCGUCUGACAUUCGGCUCUCAAGUCAGAUUAGUGGUAGCUGGGCUUCUUUUGCUUCACUUGGUAACCCUUCCGUAAGUCGGGGAUCGUUGCCUCGUUGGACUGAGGCCAUGAAUUCCGAUGGAACUUACAAUAUCAAUGUUAUUGGUGGUUCCAUCAGAGGCAUGGUUACUUCGGAUACUUAUGAGGAUCUGGGCAAGCGAUGCGCUUUCUGGACUUCUGAGGAGGUGCUGACAGAGAUGCUUGAUUAA